AUGACAGAGCCCCAGACAGCGGAUGAGAAUGCAUCUACUGAGUCGGGUAUCGAACAGCACAAGGUUCAGCUAGAGAGUGUCAGUGAAGGUGAACCACAGGAUGAAGGAGAGGUCCCAUCCGUGACUGUAUCAAAACCAAUGGACAAGUUGUAUGCCUUCGCGUUGCAACUCAUGGAGGAGUUUUUAGCGCGACACAAGUUAGAAGAAACGUUAACCGCGAUGCAAGCCGAACUCGAACGAAAAGGAAUUCCACGCCCUGACGACAAACUGUGGUUUGAAAUGCACAACAGUUGCCGCGUAGCACUGUCUAGAGGUAAUUCAAGUUGCAGCAGUACGUUGGAGAAGCUUUUAGCCUUCUGCGUGUCCCCCAAGGCAGCCCGAGCAGCGGGAGCACUAGCGUUGGAUGUCAAAACCCCGCCAGUUACAUUAUGUCUAGCGUCUCCGCAGCCCAACAGUAUCUCCAAGCUGAAACAGACGUCAUUCUCUUUGAAACAGGCUUACAGUCAAAUGCUCUCGCCUGUCGUUCGGCCAAGUCAACGAUACAAAUACGGGGCUCCUUCAACACCUGGCCAUCCCAAUACUAACGCUUCAGUAUCCGCGAACAAAGGGGGACUAUCGUCCCUUUCAGAGCUCGAAAUGGACAACAGUCUUCAGCUUGACUCAAGAUCAUCGUCUUCGUUAGGACCUGUUGAAACCAAGCAACAGUGCUCAUCCAGCAAAAAGCAUAAACCAAAGAAGAAGCGCAAUCACGGCAAUGACAACAACAAAGCCACAUCCCAUCCAAGCCCACAUCCUUCACGGACUGAAAGCUCAAUGGUAAUGGCGUUCGACGAGCAGAUCAAGCGAGACUUGUCCUGUGGUCGAAUUCUAGCUCGAGAACUCCGAAAUCUUCGUGUUGAACAAGCGAAAUGCGACUCGCUACGUCGGAGUACAGCAUCACUAGAAGCAGCGCUAGCAAGGCACGACCCGUAUGCUAAAGAGCUCGUCCGCGAGCGCUACGGCUUCAUUCAUCGUGUAGAAUGUGCGUUGUGUACAUUCCCGUUCCUCCCUGUCAACUUGCCACACCGCGUGUCUUUCAAGUGUAUCAUGGAUUUACAUGAACAAUGGGGUUAUGAAGCACCUCAACGCGAAAUUGCAGCUCGAUAUCGCCCGCCAUUUUGCUACGAUGCGGUUAGUGUCUGUCGAAUGUGUGGACCAAUUCUCUUUGAACACACCACAGCAACACCCGAUGCCUACAGCGAUCAAACAAUGGCGCGGUCAAGUUCCGUCGGUGUCCUAUCAACCAGCAAAUCGUCGAAAAUGCGGCCAGUUGCUGACAAUGCUGAGCGACGGACAUUCUGUUCCGACCCGUACGCCUUACCGCCAUUAUUUGGCGACGAUGUGAUCGAAGACGGAGACAGCUACGUAAGCGAAGAAGUGGCCAACGAAAUACUACGAGCUAGUGGCGGUGGGGCUGUUCAGGAGUCUCCAGCCAAGGCGAUGGUGUACUCGCAGCAGCAGACCGACACUUCGGCAUUUAUGAGCUCCAAGGAAUGGGAAGUUAUUAACCCGAUGCGAAGUAAUAUUCGGCAAGUUAUGGAGAACACAGUUAAACUCUAA